AGGCUCGGGUCUCCGUGUCUUCUGGGGUGGGCCUGGGCAAGUGCCCUGUCAGCUGUAAGGGAGCAGCCGAGGCCACUGUCCCUUAAGACUGCCGGGGUCCUCAGCACCUGUCUCGGGCUCCAGGAGAGGCUGUGGUCAUGGUGAAUGAAGAGCCCAACCAACAGGAGCACGAUGGCAGCCCAGCGCAGGAGCCUGCCCUGCGCGCGGACCCCAGCGCCUCGGCCCACCCCAGCGUCUCCAUUCACCCCAGCGUCUCCAUUCACCCGAGCGUGUCGGCCCACCCGAGCGUGUCGGCCCACCCCAGCGUCUCCAUUCACCCCAGCGUGUCGGCCCACCCGAGCGUGUCGGCCCACCCCAGUACCUUGGCCCAACCCGGUGGCUUGGCCCACCCCAGUAGCUCGUGCCCCGAGGACCUUAGCGUGAUCAAGGUGAGCAAGCGCCGCUGGGUGGUGGUCCUGCUCUUUAGCUGCUACUCCAUGUGCAAUGCCUUCCAGUGGAUCCAGUAUGGCUCCAUCAAUAACAUCUUCAUGAACUUCUACGGGGUCAGUGCCUUUGCCAUCGACUGGCUGUCCAUGUGUUACAUGCUGACCUACAUCCCUCUCAUCCUGCCGGUUGCCUGGCUGCUGGAGAAAUUCGGCCUGCGCACCAUCGCCCUCACCGGCUCUGCUCUCAACUGCCUGGGGGCCUGGGUGAAGUUGGGGAGCCUGAAGCCACAUCUCUUCCCAGUCACCGUCCUAGGCCAGAUCAUCUGCUCUGUGGCCCAGGUCUUCAUCCUGGGCAUGCCCUCCCGCAUUGCUUCUGUCUGGUUCGGGGCUAAUGAGGUCUCAACGGCCUGCUCCAUAGCUGUCUUUGGCAAUCAGCUUGGAAUUGCAAUUGGGUUCUUGGUCCCUCCUGUUUUGGUACCCAACAUCGAAGACCGGGACAAGCUUGCCUACCACAUCAGCAUCAUGUUUUACAUAAUAGCAGGCGUGGCUACUCUGCUUUUCAUCCUUGUCAUCAUCGUAUUCAAGGAAAAGCCUAAACAUCCCCCCAGCAGGGCCCAGUCCCUGAGCUAUGCCUUGGCAUCCCCUGAUGCUUCGUACUUAAGCUCCAUUGUCCGGAUCUUCAAAAACCUCAACUUUGUGCUGCUCGUCAUCACCUACGGUCUGAAUGCUGGUGCUUUUUAUGCCUUGUCCACUCUGCUGAAUCGCAUGGUGAUCUUGCACUACCCGGGGGAAGAAGUGAAUGCUGGAAGAAUAGGCCUGACCAUCGUCAUUGCAGGAAUGCUUGGGGCUGUGAUCUCAGGCAUCUGGCUGGAUAGGUCGAAAACCUACAAGGAGACAACCCUGGUGGUCUACAUCAUGACGGUAGUGGGCAUGGUGGUGUACACAUUGACCUUGAACCUGGGAUAUCUGUGGGUAGUGUUCAUCACCGCUGGCACAAUGGGCUUCUUCAUGACUGGCUACCUCCCGCUGGGAUUUGAGUUUGCUGUAGAGCUGACAUACCCAGAAUCAGAAGGCAUGUCGUCUGGCCUCCUGAAUGUGUCUGCCCAGGUAUUCGGGAUCAUCUUCACCAUCUCCCAGGGCCAGAUUAUUGACAACUACGGAACCAUGCCUGGGAACAUCUUUCUCUGUGUUUUCCUCACCCUUGGAGCAGCCCUCACUGCAUUCAUUAGGGCAGAUCUUCGGAGGCAGAAAGCAAACAAAGAAACUCCUGAGAAUAGACUCCAGGGGGAGGAGGAGGAGGAGGAGGAGAGCAACACCAGCAAAGCGCCCACCACUGUGUCUGAGGAGCAUCUCUGA